GAACUAACGGUAUAUUCUCCCUCUUAUUAUAAGGUAAAUUCCUAUACCAUUAGACAAAUAUCAUUAUAUUAAAAAUGUAAAUUACAUAUUUGCCCCUAUAUUCAUUUAUACUUUUUUUGUUGAUUUAUAUACCAUUUUCAUAAUAGAGCAAAAUGAUAUAUGUGUACGAAGCAGGACCCUAUGAGCAAGCAGAGUUAAUUCAGAUCGUACAUCCAAUACACCAAUGGAUCCUAUGGACCCAACUUCGUCUUCUUCACCACUAUAUUAUAAUAUUAUAUUAUUCUUUAAAUGCUUUAUUAUAUAGCCAAUUAAAUAUUUAUCAUUUCCUUGUAUUGCAACUCUUAGACGACGGAGGGUGCGACCACCAAGGGCGACGGUCUGUGACUCGACGACGAGCGGUUCAAAAGAAGAAAACAACCACUGCGGGGCAGCAUAAGAACAAGAGUGGAAACCUAAUCCCCUAAUCAGUUAUGUUUUGAUAUCCGAAAUCCUGGCAGAGUUGAUUGACAUUCAAAUUGAAACAUAUAGGCAGAUAGAGAGAAUAGUUUUAGACUCAAUUGGGUUUGUGUCCCAAUUCCAUGAGCAUAAGAUGGCCAAGAGUGUUAUCACCAACCUAUCUCUCUCAGAUUAUAAGAACCCAGAAAAACCCAAUAAAGGCUCUUCACAUUUUCAAUGAAGCCAAAUCCAGGUAUCCCAAUUACUGCCACAAUGGUCCUGUUUAUGCCACCAUGAUCAGCAUCCUUGGAACAUCAGGGAGACUGACUGAGAUGAGGGAUGUGAUUGAGCAGAUGAGAGAGGAUUCAUGUGAAUGCAAGGAUUCUGUUUUUGUGUCUGUUAUUAAGACAUAUGCCAAUGCCGGCCAGGUAGAUGAAGCAGUGUCUGUGUACAAGACAAUUCCUCAGUUUAACUGUGUUAAUUGGACAGAAUCCUUCAUCACCAUUUUGCAGAUAAUGGUGAAUGAGAACCGGCUUGAAAUGGCCCACCGGCUCUUUGUUGAGAGCUCUUGUGGUUGGGAAGUGAGGUCUCGGGUUCGAGCAUUGAACUUGCUUAUGUAUGCUCUUUGCCAAAAGAGUCGUUCCGAUUUGGCACUGCAGUUAUUCCAAGAGAUGGAUUAUCAAAGUUGCUACCCUAAUAGGGACAGCUAUGCAAUUUUGAUGAAGGGAUUGUGCCAAGACAGAAGGUUACAUGAGGCCACCCAUUUGUUGUAUUCAAUGUUUUGGAGGAUCUCACAGAAAGGUAAUGGUGAGGAUAUUGUAGUCUAUAGAACUCUUUUGGAUGCUUUAUGUGAUGCUGGAAAACUUGAAGAAGCUAUGGAAAUUCUAGAUAAAAUUUUGAGAAAAGGACUGAAGGCUCCGAAGCGAUGUUAUAACCGUCCUGAUCUUGGCCAGUUCUUGGAUGGCAAAGAUAUAGAAAGUGCUAAACGUGUGAUUCAUGAAGCUUUGAUCAAAGGCUCAAUUCCUAGUUUGGCUAGUUAUAAUGCCAUGGCUAUUGAUCUGUACACAGAAGGUAAGAUAGAUGAGGCUGAUAAGGUCAUCAUGGAAAUGCAAGACAGAGGCUUUAGACCAACACAUUCUAUCUUCGAGGCAAAAGUAGCAGCAUUGUGCAAGGUUACUAAGGUGAAUGAAGCAAUCAAGGUAAUUGAGGAAGACAUGGUGAAAGUUAAUUGUCUACCAACUGCUAGAGUGUAUAACACUCUCUUGAAAAGCCUAUACAAUGUUGGAAAUUCUACGGCUGUACUCGAGAGCUUGAAUAAGAUGUCGAACAAGGUAGGUAAUGCAGGUGACAGAGAUACUUACAGCAUGUUGCUGGAAAUGCUUUGUGGUGAGAGAAGGUAUGUCGAGGCAAGCCAACUUCUGGAGAAAAUGUCAAUUAAGUCAUAUUGGCCAUGUACCAAUAGUUACAAUUCUGUCAUUAAAGGUCUUUGCUCCUUAGGUAGGCAAUAUGAAGCAGUUAUGUGGUUAGAGGACAUGAUGAGCCAGGGAAAGCUUCCUGAAACUUCUGUCUGGAAUUCAUUGACAUCUUUAUUUUGUAACUCAGAAAAGAUUAAAGUGUCCUCUGAGACAUUUAGUCGCCUGAGUAGUUUGUGAAAUUGUGAUUACUAGAAUCAUGUACACCACCAACCUUUUUUAAUUUAAAUGCUUCUUUCAUAGCUUCAAAGACACCAUAUUUAGUGUUGAUUCA